CUUCCUGCCUUUCUCCAAGGCAGUUUCAUAGGUCCCUGGGUGCAGUGGCUGAUGCUCGCAAUUGCACGAAAAACUGUAUCUUUAGGUUGGGGACACAACUGUGAUAUCUCCAGAUGAUCUAUCUGGUUCUACUCUCUAUUUCAGUUAGCAAACAGGACACACUCGUGCCCCAGCGUGUCAUGAGCGCUUCUCUCCAUGUGAAUUCUGGUUUUGGUUCUCUUCUGUUUCCUUCUCAUCAGCAUCCCUCCCCUACUGUCCUCUUCCCAUAUUUUUCACUCGAUCUCCCUACUCUCUGAAAUUCUCAAAUAUCGCUGGUUAAUGCAUAAGAAAAGUGAGAAGACACAGGUGGAGGCAGAUCAGAAAAGCGUGUGUGGCAGAGAGUGUGGAGUAGAGAUGUGUCAAAGCUCAGCAUGGUCUCUGGACAAAAUUUAACUCUACUUGCUUAUGGGUAUUGUAUAUUGCUGGUGAUUAAAAUUCACAUCUUGUCCUUUCACAUACCUUUACUUCUCCUUAGAGAAUAUAUUUGCAAACAAUUAUCUCUCAAUGACCUCAUCAAAUCAUUUAUUAUGACUGAAUCAUCUUGACAGCUACCACUACUAAUUCCACAUCAUCUCACCUGAGUCUACCAACAGCUGCAUAGGACUCCUGAAGCAAUUCCAGGAUCUUACUAAACAUGAGCCAGGAAAUCUUCCAUCCAUAGCAGGCUACAAGAGACUUGGUCCUUCAUCUAUGUCUUGUUAUUCUUCAUCAAAACUUAAGUUUCAGUCCUUAUGAGUAAGUAGUGAUGGACUCAGGAACUUGAAACACUCAUACAAAAUGCCCUUGCCCCCCCCAUUUACUUUCCUUCAAUAAUAAUCUUCCCAUCUUGAAAAGAAACCAUAUCUGAGGCUCCCGUCCAAUCCAACUGACCCUGCGUUAUUAACAUCGCCUGUGUGUUGUCACACAGCCAAUGAAUCUGCAGGAAAUAGUACUAGAGAAAUUCAAAGGUUCUUAGGCAGAGAAAACUAUGUAAACAUCUCUAGCUCUUACUUUUGCCAUGGAAAUGGUUCUAUGUCUAUGCCCCUCAGCCAGUCCCACAGACCAGACAUUAUUAAACUACACAGAAGUGAGAAGGAGUCCUUUGAACCAAGCUGAUACUAACCCAUCUCCUGCUUUGCUAUUUCCCAGGGCCCUACAAUCUUCACAUCUCAGGUGCUCUUUUGUGGAGUCUAACUCAAAUGUUUCUGCUGCCAUUCAUCUACAGCAUAAAUACGAUCCCAGCUGUUCCAUCUCUUCAGGUUUCAUAGACACUAGAGCAAAGCAGUGAGAUCUUCCACACACACUCUUCUUUAGCCUGACCAUGCAGUACACGAACCACAGCCAUCAGAACCCGAGCUCCUUUCUACUUAUGGGAAUUCCUGGCCUGGAGUCGUCCCACUUUUGGAUUGCAUUUCCUUUCUGCUCCAUGUACGCCUUGGCAGUGCUUGGCAACGUGGCAGUUCUGCUGGUGGUGCACUCUGAGCCUUCGCUGCACCAGCCCAUGUACCUGUUCCUAUGCAUGCUGUCCACCAUUGACCUGGUGCUCUGCACCUCCACUGUGCCCAAGCUCCUCGCACUCUUUUGGGCGAAUGCUGCUGAGAUUGCCUUUGGGGCCUGUGCUGCCCAGAUGUUCUUUAUCCAUGGCUUCUCAGCCGUAGAAUCUGGUAUCCUGCUGUCAAUGGCCUUUGACCGCUACUUGGCUAUCUGUCGGCCACUGCACUAUGGGUCAUUGCUGUCCCCAGAGUCAGUGAGCAAGUUAGGGGCUGCUGCUCUGCUUCGUGGCUUGGGGCUCAUGACCCCACUUACUUGCCUACUGGCGAGGCUGAGCUACUGUGGCCGAGUGGUGGCACACUCCUACUGUGAGCACAUGGCUGUGGUGAAGCUGGCUUGUGGAGGCACACAACCAAACAAUAUAUAUGGUAUCACAGCAGCCACACUCGUCGUAGGAACUGACUCCAUUUGUAUUGCCAUAUCCUAUGCACUCAUCCUCCGGGCUGUGUUGGGCCUCUCCUCCAAAGAGGCCAGGGCUAAGACCUUUGGCACUUGUGGCUCCCACCUAGGUGUCAUCCUUCUCUUCUACACACCUGGGCUCUUCUCGUUCUAUACGCAGCGCUUUGGCCAGCAUGUACCCAGGCAUGUCCACAUCCUCCUGGCUGACCUCUACCUGGUUGUGCCACCCAUGCUCAACCCCAUCAUCUAUGGGAUGAAAACCAAGCAGAUCAGAGAUGGAGCAUUCCGACUACUGAAGAGGGGUCCCGCUCCAUCAUAAUGCUUCAACUACACCCCCGGACCCUAUGCCAUUUUUCUCCAGCCCUUGAGAAAUGUUUACAUGACUGCCAACAUGCUGGAAGGCAAAAACCCACACUCAAUGAUAUCCUUACUUUAGAAUGGAGAUCUAGCACGUGUUGGAGGAGAAACCAUCUGAUGCUUGCUACUUGUGGUGGAGAUAAAGUCACAAUGCUCAGGAACAUUACCUAAAGGGAGAUACAGCUUCCAAACUAAUAGUGGCUUCCUUGGAAAUGCCACUGUCUAACAUCUCUCCUCUCUUCCAAAGGAUGUUGAUUAAAUGAGAUAAAUGUGGUUACUGACAUGAUAAGAACAAUAGUUCCCACCCACAGGUUGCUAUGUGCACUAGCUAAUUCCUUUUUAUUGAUGACAAAUAUUACAUUUUGAAAAUGCACCACAGCUUGACUAUCUGGUCUUAGACACCUGGAUAUUUUCCACUUUGGGCUGUUAGGAAAUAAAGCUGCUGUAUUUCUUAACCUACAAGUACAAUUGCUAGGACAGAAGGGAGGUGUAUGUUUAACAGAACCUGCUGAGUGGCUUUGUUCAACAUAGUUGUACCAUGUUACAGUCUCAUCAGUGAUGUCAAGCAGUUCCCAGUUGUUCCUCUCCUGCCCAUCCUUGAUAGUGUCAUUCUUUAUUUUAAUCACUCCAGUGAGCAUAAGCUAGAAGAAAUUCAUUGCAAAGUUGCUUUGCAUUUUCCUUGUAACUAAUUAUGCUAAACAACCUCUCUCAUAUUUACAAUUUAUGUAUAUUCCUUUUAUGAAAUUUUCAGUCUUUUGCCAAUAUUUAGAGUUUCUUACUUGGUAUUAUCUGUAUUGUCUGUUUGUUCUGCAUCCAAGUUAUCUGUCAAGUAUACAUACUAAAAAUAUUUGCCUAAUUUGU